UUCUUCAAUGUGUUGUGUCGACUCACGGUAACACUUCCUGGUUUCCAGUAGCUUUGCGCAAAACGCAUGUGAUUUUUAUUUAGGAAAAUAUUGUACGUGUCUCAAUAGUUAAGGUUUGAUUUCUGGUUAAGAUCAGUGCAGUGUUUUACACUUAAACGUUCGCGAUGGGUUUACUGACGAUCUUGAAGAAGAUGAAGCACAAGGAGCGUGAAAUGCGUCUGCUAAUGCUGGGUCUUGACAAUGCUGGAAAAACAACCAUCCUAAAGAAGUUCAACGGCGAGGAUGUCAGCACGAUCUCUCCAACAUUAGGCUUCAACAUAAAGACACUCGAGCACAGAGGGUUUAAGCUGAAUAUCUGGGAUGUGGGUGGUCAAAAGUCCUUGAGAUCUUACUGGAGGAAUUAUUUUGAGAGUACAGAUGGACUGGUGUGGGUAGUGGACAGUGCUGAUAGAUUGAGACUGGAGGACUGCAGGAAAGAGCUGAGUACAUUAUUAAUAGAGGAGCGAUUAGCAGGAGCCACUCUGUUAGUUUUUGCUAACAAACAGGAUCUACUAGGUGCUUUAUCAAAAGAUGCAAUUCGAGAGGUUUUAGCCCUUGAUGACAUAAAGACCCAUCACUGGUGCAUUGUGGGAUGUAGUGCCGUGACAGGUGAGAACCUGCUGACGGGUGUGGACUGGCUGCUUGAUGAUAUAGCAGCUCGGAUCUUCACAACUGACUGAUGGACUGAACGUUUCAAGACAUUUGGGAGAUGGACAGUAAAAAAAAAAAAAAAUUCUUUUUGGACUGAAAAUGUACUUCAAAUAUGUUUGAGGAUGUCCAAGUAGCUGUACUACCAACAUGUUUUUGAAAGCCCACAAAGUAAUCUGUUUGCUUGAAAUGGAAGCCAUUUUGGAGUUUUCCCUGUGUACUGUUCAACACCAUUUGUAACUAGCUCUGAGUGUGCAACUGUUAAAAUACAUCACAACUUCCAAGAAUACACUUAUUUCUGCCUUGACAAA